CGAGGGAGCUUUAUUGUCCCCACGCAGACAGACGGCACCAACAAAGGCAUGAGGCUCCUGCUGCUGCUCUGUGCGGCCGCGCUGGCUCCCAACAGCUUCUCCACGGAGCAGGAGACAGGGAAUGCAGGGACACACGGAGCAAGGCGCCAACAUCACCAAAGGAGGUCCCUGCACCGAGGACUUGGGCCGCACCUUGGACAUUCCCUGGACCGCGACCACCUUGUCGUCGAAGUGAAUCGUGCAGUGACAAGUGGUCCAAACACUCCCAUCGCCGCACAAGGAAACCGGACAGCUCGGCAGUUGUUCCCCAGCCCGCCCCGCCCCCAACCCCACCGACCGCCUCCGCCUUCUGCUCUGGAUUUUCCCACUCCGGACAUUUCACACCAAUGCAAUCGAUCAUACAAAGUCCUCCCCGAGGUCUCCAUUGCCUACAGAGUCCUGGAGGUCUUCCCCCGAGGGCGGCGAGUGCUGAUAACCUGCCACUCACCCAGUGUGCCCCCGCCCAUCACCUACUCCCUCUGGGGGAGCCAGAACAUUCAAGUGGCCAAGAAGGUGGUGAACACCCGCGACCCGGCCUCCUUCAGCGUCAACGUCACGCUCAAGUCCAGGCCAGACCUGCUCACCUACACCUGCCAGGGGGCCACCACCUGGGGCGCGCACAUGGCCAGUGCCAAGCUGCAGCUGUACUGGGAGCUGUGGGCCGAGCCUGUGUCCCAGCUGAAAGCCGACUUCAACGUGCUGGACGAAGGGGCAGGCCCGAGGGCAGAGGUGUCCUGCCGGGCGUCCUCGGGCAGCCCCCCCAUCACCUACCACCUGGUCGGGAAGGACGGGCACAUCCACAUGCAGCAGACGCCACACCAUGGGCAGCCUGCCAACUUUUCCUUCCCGCUGACCCAGGCGUCCUACUGGUACCAGUGCCAGGCCAAAAAUGACAUCAGUGUCCAGAGCAGCCCCUUCAUCCUGGUGCCCCCAGGACAGCUGCCCAAGGGACCCACCUUCGUGCUGGCCGCCAGUCUCACCGCCAUCACAGCUAUCACCUCCGGGAUGCUGGGCUGGACCGCGUGGACCAGAAGGAGCCACCAUUGGAAUGAAGAGCAGCGCACCGGCCUGGAUCCCCGGAGCCCUGGUGUUCUGCCGGGAGGGUUUCGAGAUGGGUGGCACCCUGUCUCCUGGUGGCCCAGUCCUCUGGCCCCACUGACUGAUGUUCCAGCUCAUCUGGGCGGGCUCGGCCCCACCUGGCCAGCCCCCUCCUCCCAUCAGCCUUACCUGCAACUGCAAAGGGUGUCUGGGACUCCUCCCUCCUCAGUCUGGGGUGCCUCAAGAAGGCACUCCCAGCCCCUCACAGAGCUUCCCUAUUCGGAUGCUCUGAACCAUUUCAGUAAAGAACUGAAUUAUAUUCUGUCGUCUUGCCGGUCACCCUGGAAAUCUGCUUCUGGCUGCCUGUCACCCUGCAGCCUGGAAUUCUGA